CCAGGCACAGGGGAGGCACAGGUGGCCCCCACCACCCAGAAGAGCAGCUGCCACCAGUGUCCAGGGGAUGACGAGCUGCCCCUUGCCAGGCUGCCCAGAGGAGAAGGCCGUCCCCCCCGGAGACACAGGCCAUGUGGGGCUCCCAGCAGCUGCUUCUGGUGUGGCUUCUGGUUGUGGGAGCGGGCAGCACCGAGCACGUCUACCGGCCAGGCCGCAGGGUGUGUGCUGUCAGGGUUCCCCAGGGCCCCAUCUCUGAGUCCUUUGUGCAGCGUGUGUACCAGCCCUUCCUCACCACCUGCGACGGGCACCGAGCCUGCAGCACCUACCGAACCGUCUAUAGGACCGCCUACCGCCACAGCCCAGGGCUGGCCCCCACCGGGCCUCGCUACGCCUGCUGCCCCGGCUGGAAGAGGACCCCUGGGCCCCCCGGGGUCUGCGGAGCAGCAGUAUGCCAGCCGCCAUGCCAGAACGGAGGGAGCUGUGUCCAGCCAGGCCGCUGCCGCUGCCCUGCAGGAUGGCAGGGUGACACCUGCCAGUCAGAUGUGGACGAAUGCAGCACUGGAGGGGGCAGCUGUCCCCAGCGCUGUGUCAACACUGAGGGCAGUUACUGGUGCCAGGGCUGGGAGGGGCACAGCCCAUCUGCAGACGGUACACUCUGCCUGCCCAGGGGAGGGCCCCCCAGGGUGGCCCCAAGCCCCAUGACAGGAACGGACAGUGCAGUGAAGGAGGAAGUGCGCCGGCUGCAGUCGAGGGUGGACCUGCUGGAGGAGAAGCUGCAGCUGCUGCUGGCGCCGCUGCACAGCCUGGCCUCGCAGGCGCUGGAGCACGGGCUCCCGGACCCCGGCAGCCUCCUGGCGCACUCCCUGCAGCAGCUGGGCCGCAUCGACUCCCUGAGUGAGCAGAUCUCCUUCCUGGAGGAGCAGCUAGGGUCCUGCUCCUGCAAGAAAGAGUCAUGACUCACCUGGCCAAGGCCUGACUCUCGACCCAGGCCGGACCGAGCUGCCUGCCCUGGCAGUGCCGGCAAAAGGCGAGGAAGGGCCCUCUCCUCUCCUCUCACUCAGGAGGCUCCCGGGACUGCGGCACGGGGUGGGCCUGGGGGUCUUCUGUGCGAAUCCAUCCCAGCAACCCCGACAGCUUCCCAGGGCCCUGGGCGGCGCAGGGACGGUCCGAGGCUCCCUGCCCAGAGCCAGGGACCCAUGGCAGUCACUGGGCUGCCUGUCUGGAGGCGGCAGCUGGGUUGGGGGGGACCUCUGCCCUGGUUUUUGUCAGAAUAAAAACGAGACUUGA